GAGAAACUCGCCACAUCAUUAUUCAAGAGUCUCUGAGAUAUUGAGGAAUGGACCCUCAUACCAGUGCCCAGGAUGUGAUGCGAUGUGACCUGUGUGAGACCGCUGUGGUACAGAUGCACUGUGAUACAUGUUUUGUCAACCUGUGUAAGGCCUGUGUGGGAGAGCAUUUUUCUGCUGAUUUUUCAAAACCUCAUACAAUUGUUGAUUUCAAGGCAAGGAAAUCUACACUGAUUUACCCUAAAUGCAGGUCACAUGAUGUGGAAACAUGUGAAAUGUACUGCAAUCAAUGUGACAUUCCCGUCUGCAACACAUGCAUUGCAUCUGAUCAACACCUUGGUCAUAACUUUUUGAAAACCUUAGAAGUUUUGAGUAAAAGAAGAGAAAAGAUUAUGAUGGAACACACAGAAUUAAAUGAAACAAUCUAUCCAGCCUACCAGGAUAUUGCCUGUGAUGUAGAAAAAAGCUUAGGUCUCUUACACAAGGAAUAUGAAAAGCUUUCAGUAGCCAUAACAAAACAAGAAGAAAUUUGGCAAAGAGAAAUUAAAGAACUAGUCACUAAACUUAAAUCCAAAAUUGAUGAAAUGAAAAACAAACAGUUAGAAACUCUGCAGAAAUAUUUCGAUGGAAUAAAACAGAAAAUCUCUAACAUCCAGGAUGAAAUCAAUUUAAUUGAUGAUGCUUUAAUUUCUACAAAUAUUUCUGAAAUAUUCAGCAUAUUGUCGCCAGUGGAUAAAUACAGAAAAUUUCCAAAGAAAAUCAUGUUUGCUGUCCCUGAAUUUUCUCCCAAUAAAAUACAGGAAGGUGAAUUGUAUAAUUUUAAGCCUGGUAUUUUAGAAGAGCAUGAAUACAAACUUUUGACGAAAUCAGAAUCACCAGAAGCUGGUUCCUCUCCUCCAGUCAAACAUCUGCUUGAUGAACCAGAGGCUGUCACCACCAUAAAAAUAGAUGUUGACUGCUGGUUUUUUCCACAACUUUACAAUGUUGCUUGCCUGAGUGCUGAGGAAAUCUGGACAAGUGGAAGUGACAAAACCAUGAAACUCUACAGCAUCAAUCAGGGAUCACUACUCAAGUCUAUUACAACUAAAUCAGGGAACAGGCCAGAGAACAUAGCAGUGACAAAAAGUGGAGAUUUAGUUUAUACUGAUUAUGAUGGUAGAACUGUGAACAUUUUGAAGAAUGAGCAGAUAGAGGAGGUGAUCAGACUACAGAACUGGAGACCUAGCGGUGUCUUUAGUAAUGACCGUGGGGACUUCUUGGUCACCAUGUACACAGAUAACAAGCAAUCAAAGGUUGUCCGUUACUCUGGAUCUACAGAAAAACAAACCAUUCAGUUUGAUGAGACUGGUAAGUUUCUCUUUUCAAUUGGUUCUCUUGAUAAUUUUAUCAGUGAGAACAGGAACCUAGAUAUCUGUGUGUCUGACUGGGGAGCUAGAGCAGUAAUGGUGUUCAAUCAGGCCGGGAAUCUGAGAUUCAGGUACACUGGACAUACUCCUGCUCCAAAGAACAAACCAUUCUGUCCACGAGGAAUCACCACAGACAGUCAGAGUCACAUCCUUACAGCUGAUAUUGCCAAUGACUGUGUCCACAUCAUAGACCAGGAUGGAGAGUUCCUCCGUUACAUUGACUGUGGACUGAGUUUCCCCUGGGGACUGUGUACAGAUACAAAUGAUUAUCUGUAUGUGGCUCAACAGUUUAAAAAAGAAGUGAAGAAAAUCAAAUAUCAGAAGUGAAUUCCAAAUUUCCAACACUGCAAUAGAUUAAUAUACAAGUGUGAAGUCAAUGACAAUAACUUUAGAAUUUUCUAUAGUGCACCUAGGAUGGCAUUCAGUUAUUUUUAACAAAUUUUGAAUAUCUGUAUUAAAUGAUUCAAGAAUUUACAUAAA